AUGGCUCAGGACACUACAAUGCCCAAACUGAACUUUGAGUAUUGGUUGGAUAAAGCUGUUGAGUGGGGUCAAGCCACUACUUUGGAAUCACAGAAGGAUGUGUGCCUUCACUUGCCCCAGCUCCAGGAAUUUCUACAUCAGCUUUAUGAAACAAUAAAACAUUUGCAGGUUCCCACUGUAGCAAUCCAGCAGUUCCCUUUAAUUGGACAGCUUCUAGGAAGGCUCUGUUGGAAUCCUUUUGUUAUAGGAUAUGAUGAAAGCCAGAAGACUCUGAUGUGGUGCUUAUGCUGUCUGUACAGCAGUGAACCACAGAAUGCUGUGGAACUGAAGGCCAACAGCUGGAUACGGAGUUUGCUGUGCCAUCUCCUUUCUUCUUCUAAGUGGGAAAGUAAUGAAGCGGAAACCAGUACGUUCAUAUCAGCUCUGGGCUACACGUCAGCAGAUUAUUAUUGUCACUUGGUUAAAAAUAUGGUUGUUUCAUUAGUAACAGAACUCAGAGAAAACCAGGGCAAUGGACUUAACAUGCAGGAGAGCAUUUCAGCCAGUCGUGUGAAUGCUAUUUCCAUUUUCUGUGUGCCUCUCAUUACUUUGCCUGAUCUAACUCCAUUGCUGGAAACUCUCCUUCUUUACCAUGGAGGGUCAUCAAAAGAAAUUCUUAGUUUGGAGUUUCUAGAGGCUGUGAAUGAGGCCUUUUUAAAGAAGAAGAUCUCCCUUCCUGAAUCAGCUGUCUUCAGCCUUUGGCUUCGUCACUUACCAAGCCUUGAAAAGGCUACCUUACAUCUUUUAGACCAGUUGUUUUCCAUUCGGUGGAAUUCACUGGAAGAAGUGGCUCGUGUCAUGAAAGACUCAUUGCUGCCACAAGCAGCAAGCCAUCCUGCUAUUUUCAGAAUUGUAAAUGAAAUUUUCAAGAAUGCACUGAUGGAAACUGAUGGAACCCCUGAAGUUAUGACAAUUAUACAGGUGUUUACACAGCUCUUCCUUCAGGCUUAUCAGAAUAAAAACGAACAGUAUAAAUUUCCACUGAAGGCCUACUUCCCACACCAUCACCAGCCUCUUGUUAGAAGUUUAGUCAGACAUCCUUUUGAACUCCCAACUACGUAUUGGUCUCAUCACGUGAAACACAUUUCGGAUAUGCUCAAAGCAAUAGUAGAAGAUAAAAAUGUUAGUUCUCUUACUGACCUCUUUGAAAUCUGGUUUUUGGUUGCUUGUUUUGGAGAAUGGCUGGAUAUUGCAGCAGAACAAUUACUGAAGGCUGCUGUAGAACCAGAUCCUGUGCUGUGGCUGCUGGCAUUUUACUACUGUCCUAAGAAUGAAAAUCAACAAAGGACUCAAACAAUGGUGGAAGCCCAAGCAGUCUACAACCAUCUAAUGACACUGUUCAGCUGCAGGGACCUUUCUCUCAAAGACCUGGAGGCUGCUGUGCACAGGGUAACAGGUGUAGAGCAGUGUUGUAACCAGCAACUCUCAACACAUCUUCUGACCAACUUCUUGCUGUUUUCCUCUGGUGGACAUAAGAUUGCCCAGGAAUGUAUUCACCAUAUUACUGAGAUAACUGAUACAAGCAAAGAAGUUUAUAACCUUCUUAUCCGUACUGCUUACAGAUUUAACCAUAGUGGAGAAAAAAACCAAAGAACUUUGAAACUGAUGAAUGAACUUCUUCAAAAAUUUACAUGGAAAGUUUAG